AUGGAACCUAAAAAUAUCAUAUUAUAUAUUUAAUACCAGAGAGAGGCUGAAGAAGAUGUCAAAAUAAAUUAGCAAAAUGCAUCCAACAGUAAUGAAGAGAGUGUCACUAAUUCCAUUUGCAUCUCUCAUAGAAUAGAUAUAAAAAAGGAGUUUAAUCAAGGUGCCCAAUAUCCCAUAACUAAAAUGGAAAAUACUGGAGGUCCUAACAUUAUAGAGGGCAUUUCCAUAAGAAAUAAUGCUGCUGUCUUUAAAACAGUAACAGCCAUUCUAAUUCUGUUAAAGUAACAUACCAAUCCCCCAUUAUACACAUUCUUAUCUUAGAGAUCUCCAGUCUAUAUUAAGUCUAUAAAUCUUAAUGAUAGCUAUCAACUAUUCAUUAAACACGAAUUAAGGGCAGCUUUUGUUUUGCUAUUAAAUUUAUAAUAAGAAUUGAAUUAUGUUAUUUAGAUAAUGAUGAAAGAACAAUACAAACAAAACAUAAAAAAAAUGACUGUAUUUAGAGUUCCUGCACAAUAUCUUAUAGCUAACAUAUUAAACAAUCCAAUAGAAAUUCUAUUCCAACAGAUGCAAAGAUAAUUUUAUCUAUCUAUCUGA